AUGGCGGUACCCUACUGCUUCUGCCACCAUGGCAAGGCCAUCUUCAGUUUUGGAGUCCGGAUGCCUCCAGAGAACUUUGAUCUCCCCCAACUGUACUUCAGUAUGACUCAGGAAGUGGGGGCUGACGGAGCCAGUGCAGCUGGAAGGAAAAGCACUGCCAGCAGGGAGCGCUUGAAGCGCAGCCAGAAGAGCACCAAGGUGGAGGGCCCAGAGCCUGUGCCGGCCGAGGCCUCGCUGAGUGCCGAGCAGGGAACGAUGACGGAGGUGAAGGUGAAGACUGAGCUGCCCGAUGACUACAUCCAGGAGGUGAUCUGGCAGGGCGAGGCCAAGGAGGAGAAGGCGGCGGUCGGCAAGGAUGGCACUGGCGACGUGCCCGCCGAGAUCUGUGUGGUGAUCGGCGGUGUCCGCAACCAGCAGACGCUUGAUGGAAAAGCAGUCGAAGGCAGCCCUCACGGUGGACGUGUGCGAAGCCGGUGUUCAGGGACCUGGAUUUUUGACCAAGCGUUGAGAGAUGCAUCGGGCUCCUAUGAGUGUGGAAUCUGUGGCAAGAAAUACAAAUACUACAACUGUUUCCAGACCCAUGUGCGGGCGCACCGAGAUACCGAAGCCACCUCAGGGGAGGGAGCCUCCCAAAGCAACAAUUUCAGGUACACGUGCGACAUCUGCGGGAAGAAGUACAAAUACUACAGCUGUUUCCAAGAGCAUCGGGACUUGCAUGCAGUGGAUGUGUUUAGUGUGGAAGGGGCCCCCGAGAAUCGGGCAGACCCCUUCGACCAAGGCGUCGUUGCCACUGAUGAGGUGAAGGAAGAGCCCCCGGAACCAUUCCAGAAAAUCGGGCCAAAAACGGGCAAUUACACCUGUGAAUUCUGUGGCAAGCAGUACAAGUACUACACACCCUACCAGGAGCACGUGGCCUUACACGCCCCCAUCAGUACUGCCCCUGGGUGGGAGCCGCCGGACGAUCCAGACACGGGCUCUGAGUGUUCACAUCCAGAGGUCUCCCCGUCUCCACGCUUCGUGGCAGCCAAGACCCAGACGAACCAGUCGGGGAAAAAAGCUCCGGCGUCCGUGGUCCGAUGCGCCACCCUCUUACAACGCACCCCUCCAGCCACCCAAACCCAGACGUUCCGCACUCCAAAUUCGGGAUCUCCAGCAAGCAAGGCAACCGCAGAAAGCGCUUUCAGUCGGAGAGUAGAAGGCAAAGCACAAAACCACUUUGAGGAGACGAACAGCAGUUCGCAAAACUCCAGCGAAACUGCAAGUCCCCUGAUUUCCAAUCCUUUCCCUCUCCUGAAGAAGCCCUACACCUGCGGCGCCUGUGGGAUCCAGUUCCAGUUCUACAACAAUCUGCUGGAGCACAUGCAGUCCCACGCAGCUGACAAUGAGAACAACAUCGCCUCCAACCAGUCCCGCUCCCCCCCUGCUGUGGUGGAAGAGAAGUGGAAGCCUCAGGCCCAGAGGAACAGCGCCAACAACACCACGACCAGUGUUUUAACACCCAACAGCGUGAUCCCCGAGAAGGAGCGGCAGAACAUCGCCGAGCGGCUACUGCGGGUCAUGUGCGCUGACCUGGGCGCGCUGAGCGUGGUGAGCGGGAAGGAGUUCCUCAAGUUGGCCCAGACUUUGGUGGAUAGUGGCGCCCGCUACGGGGCCUUCUCGGUCACCGAGAUCCUGGGCAACUUCAACACGCUGGCACUGAAACACCUGCCACGCAUGUACAACCAGGUGAAGGUGAAGGUGACCUGUGCCUUGGGCAGCAAUGCCUGCCUGGGCAUCGGCGUCACCUGCCACUCGCAGAGCGUCGGCCCUGACUCCUGUUACAUCCUCACGGCCUACCAGGCCGAGGGCAACCACAUCAAGAGCUACGUGCUGGGCGUAAAGGGCGCGGACAUUCGUGACAGUGGCGACCUGGUGCACCACUGGGUACAGAAUGUGCUGUCAGAGUUCGUGAUGUCGGAGAUCAGGACGGUGUACGUGACGGACUGCCGGGUGAGCGCGUCCGCCUUCUCCAAGGCCGGCAUGUGCCUUCGCUGCUCAGCCUGUGCCUUGAACUCGGUGGUGCAAACGGUGCUGAGCAAGCGGACGCUGCAGGCCCGCAGCAUGCACGAGGUCAUCGAGCUGCUCAACGUGUGCGAGGACCUGGCAGGCUCCACGGGCCUCGCCAAGGAGACCUUCGGGUCGCUGGCGGAGACAUCGCCACCGCCCUGCUGGAACUCCGUGACGGACUCACUGCUGCUGGUACACGAACGCUACGAGCAGAUCUGUGAGUUCUACAGCCGCGCUAAGAAGAUGAACCUCAUCCAGAGCCUCAACAAGCACCUGCUCAGCAACCUGGCCGCCAUCCUGACGCCGGUGAAGCAGGCGGUCAUCGAGCUGAGCAACGAGAGCCAGCCCACCCUGCAGCUGGUGCUGCCCACCUACGUCAGGCUGGAGAAGCUGUUCACCGCCAAGGCCAACGACGCGGGCACCGUCAGCAAGCUGUGCCACCUCUUCCUGGAGGCGCUCAAGGAGAACUUCAAGGUGCACCCGGCCCACAAGGUGGCCAUGAUCCUGGACCCGCAGCAGAAACUGCGGCCCGUGCCGCCCUACCAGCACGAGGAAAUCAUCGGCAAGGUCUGCGAGCUCAUCAAUGAGGUGAAGGAGUCCUGGACCGAGGAGGCCGACUUUGAGCCCGCCGCCAAGAAGUCCCGCUCUGCCACGGGCGAGAACCCCGCAGCUCAGGAAGACGAUCGGCUGGGGAAAAACGAGGUGUACGAUUACCUGCAGGAGCCCCUCUUUCAGGCCACCCCCGAUCUCUUCCAGUACUGGUCGUGUGUGACCCAAAAGCACACAAAACUCGCCAAACUCGCCUUCUGGCUCCUGGCGGGCCCGGCCGGGGGAGCCAGAAGGUGUGUAAAUAUGUGUGAACAAGCACUUCUCAUCAAGCGGAGGCGACUGCUCAGUCCGGAAGAUAUGAACAAACUCAUGUUUCUGAAAUCCAACAUGCUUUAGGACUAGGAAAAAAAAAAAAAAGACAAAAAAUAAAGAAGACAAAAAGAGAAGAAAACAUUAGAAAAAAAAAAAACACAACACUGUCACAAACAAAGAAAAGGAAUUUAAGUUCUAAACACUGUGGACCUCAUUUAAAUGCCCCCUGGAAACUUAAGUGCGCUUUUUUUUUUUCAGUGUGUGUGU